UGCUUAGCUCGGUGCUUAGGGUUCCUUUUGGCUGGUUCAUCUACUAUGACUUCGGCAAUCAGCUCCAUAAUAUUACUAUGGUUUCUUUUCUGGUGUAAAUCUGCUAACGGAGUUGCAGAUAAAAUGUCAUCUGCUGUUUGCACAAAUCCUUCAUUGUGUUCUGUUACUUGUGGUGGUGGUUGCAUGAUCCAGUACUGCAGGUGUGAGGAUCAGGCUGGUACUGCCUUAGCACUUUGUGGUAGUCAACCUUGCUGCUCUCUUGGAGAUUUUGUCAAUGGAAAUAAUCCUCUUUCAUGUAUACAGUGUAACAUGCAAGCAUGUCCUCCUGGUGGACCUGCUUCUGUUAAUGGGUUUAUUCCUCAUACAAGGACAUUCACUCUUGUUGAUGGUGUUACUGGAAUGAUAAAUGUUACUACUACCAGUGAUACAGCAAAGAUUAGUAUCAACAUUAAAGUACCUAAUCCAACUGGUUAUUCUACACGCUUUGAUACUAUACUAAUAGCUAAUCAAGUACAUAGAAGUGCCUCACAGAUUUUCUCUGAUGUUAGUUAUGAAAUUGUUAAUGGAAAGGUUACCAUCAAUGGGCAGUCAUUGCUAGCUGUUGGUCCUUUCGUAGCUGUUAGAACUAUACCAUCAACUGGUAGUUUUAGCUACGUAGGAUCAGCAGGUGUAUAUCAGCUAGGCCCUGGAUCUGGAGUGGCUGCAUUCUCUGGAUUCCCGACCUAUUACUAUGUAUCACCACUUGGUCACCUGUAUCAGUAUUCUGGGUCUAAAGCCACGAGAGACAAAGCACCAGGGAAGGUGUUUGUUAGAGUGAACCCAGUACGGAAUGAACGGUUAAUAAUGACAUCAGAGAAUCCUUUCAUUACUAAACAGUUAAGCAAAUUAUCUGGUGCUGCUAUAAGUAUAGAGCCUGUUGGUGGAGGGACGGCUAUUCGUUUCACGUUUAAGAGGCUUUUCACCAGUAAUGCUUUCAUGGUGACAUCAUCUACUUCUUUAAAUACAAAUGUAUCAUCACCAAGCAGUUAUACUGGUAACACACUAACAGUUGGUAGCAUGACAUACAAUAACAUUGACACUGUCCUCCUAGCUGGUGAAGGCUUUGAACAAUACAAAAGCGCCAGCAAUGAAGCAACUACCUUUGUGGACUAUGACUCAUUUUUUAUCAAUGGUCGUAAUGCUGUGUUUUCAACCAGCCCCAGGGUCACUGCUAUGAUUAGAGAGGGUCAGACGUUUCUAGCUGGAGGUGGCAUAUCCCAAGCUGCCUUUACAGUUGAUGGUAAUAGAAUAAAGUAUGCUGGUGUCACUGUUUUUACUCUUAAUUCUGGUUUUACAAGUACCGAUAUCAAUGGACCUGGGCUGAUAUCAUAUGACAGCCAGGAGUUCACAGGUAGUGUAACCAAUACUGGCAUUGAGUCAUUUGCUUAUGAUAUUGGAAAUAUAGUUGGUAUGGCAUUUAAUGGUAAUGCAAUAAUAGCUUUCUCUUCUGACACAAAAGUUAGACUAUACACAUCUGGUUCUGAGGCUUUUGCUACUAGUUCACAAGCAUUAAUUAACAAUAUCUCAGCUGCUUCAAUGCCUACUAUAACACCAGAAUCAACUGUGUAUACUACAGUCCUUGGGCCAGGUAAUACUGGAGUACUCCAAUUGAAUGGACGUAAUGUAGUAUCAUUCACUGGAUCAGCUGUGAAUAUGACACUGAGUGAUGGAGACAUUGUUAGUUACAAUAGGGGGACCAUCACAAUCAAUCCUUCUAAUUCACGUGGUCCAUUCACUGGUGUGUCCAUGUUUACUUAUGCUCCUAGUGGUCAGGAUAUUAGGCACUAUAAUCCUAUAGCUAAUGAGACCUUUAAUGUUCACUCAAGCUACCAACUGGUAGUUGAUGGCAAUGGCAACACACUCCUAACUAAUGAUUGUAGAGUGAAAGGAUUACUGACUAACCCACAAUUUGCAGUCACUUUUAGCAACAGGGAUGCUCAAGGUAACUUUUUUCUAAUAAUAGGAGGUAGCAAUAUAGAGAUGAUGGGUAGAAAUACAGCACGUCAUGAGGUACCUACUGGAAGUGCUGUAAGAUUCCUGGGAAUCCAUUUUAGUGGUGUCAUGAAUGGUAAUGCCAUAUUCGCUGGAGUGACAACAACUUUCAUACGAACUUAUUUUUCUGAUGAUACUGUACCAACCAUUAUAUCAAGCACACCAUCUUAUAUUUGAUACGCUUAUACUCCCUUU